AAUAUGAGAUGAAUUUUAAUUAGGGUUAGGAUUUUACAUGCGCGAAGAGGUGCCGGAAAGCUCAUGGUAUUUUUAAAGUAUGGCAUUUGCAAUGCGAAGUCUGAGAGUUUUGUGUAAAAUAUACAGUGUAAAUGCAGGAACAACGCAUUGCAUCUUACGACGACCAUUUAGCCAAACAUCACUCGUUCGGGUUGCUCAAAAAUAUUACAGUACCGAAACGACAGAUCGCCCAAAGAUCACUAGUAAUUUAACAAAUAUACAGUCAUCAAUAAAUGAAGCUGAAUCAUUGAGACAAGAAACAAUAGCUAAGAAACAGAAUGAACAACAAACAGAAGAUGAAGAAGAGAAAGCAAAUCGCGAACGAUCAAAGAGAAUGAUGAAUUAUGGGUUUGCAACCUUCGGUGUGUUCAUGGGUCUUGGCUUUACUUAUUUAGUAUAUGAAUUAGGAAGACCCAACUAUGAUGAACAUGGGAAUGUCAUUGAGGAUGAAUUUUCCAAUUUACCAUUUUUUGAACAGAUCUAUAAGAGAGUCAAGAGAGAACUCAAUUAUUAUACAAGACUAGUACAAGAACCCAGUAGAGAAAAAUUAUUGCCUGAUCCAUUAAAAUACCCAUAUAUCCAGCCACCAUAUACUCUAGUUUUGGAAUUGACGGAUCUUCUUGUACAUCCAGAUUGGACAUAUCAAACUGGAUGGAGAUUUAAAAAACGGCCUGGAGUGGAUCAGUUUUUAGAAGCAGUAGCACCACCACAAUUUGAAAUUGUAAUUUAUACAGCUGAGCAAGGAAUGACGGUAUUCCUUUUAGAUGCAUUAGAUCCAAAUGGGUACAUAAUGUUCAGAUUAGUUAGAGAUGCAACACGUUUUGUGGAUGGACAUCACGUUAAAGAUUUGGGAGCUCUUAAUCGUGAUCUUAGUAAAGUGAUUGUUAUUGAUUGGAAUGAUAAAAGCGUAAAAUUAAACCCAGAAAAUGCAUUUCAACUUCCUCGAUGGACUGGUAAUGAUGAUGAUACUACCCUAUACGACUUAGCGGCAUUCCUAAAAACAAUAUUGGCAUCGAACGUGCAAGAUGUACGAGACGUCUUAAAUUAUUAUAGACAGUUUGAUAAUCCAUUGGAAAUGUUUAAAGAAAAUCGGCGGAAAUUAUUGAUGCAAAUGGAGGAAGAGCAGAAGGCGCAACAAGAUAGCAACCAAGUACUUACUUCGAGAUGGAAAACCUCUUUCCGGAACCGCUAGUCAACUGAUCAUAUUGCAAAUUGAAUUGUAUAUUGAAAAAUGUGCAUUUUUAAUAUGCAGUAUAUUCAAUCAUUUUAUCACAAAAAAUUAUGCAUAAUUUGAU